AUCACGCCCUUUUUGACAACUCUACCCAAAACCAAUAUACCUGAGGUGUUGUUGGGGCAGUAGCGAAUGAAUUCCGAUGAAGUUACACCAACUCCGCCGCGCACCCCUCUCCCUCUCACCCUCACAAUCAAACCAUUUUCUUCAAAGAAACUUUUGCACUUCCAAAUUCAACGACAAUGACGAAAACGACACUCGUUUCAUCUCACUCAUUUCCGACAUUGUUCGAGGAAAUCUAAGUUGGAAAAUAGCAUUCAACGACCCUUCAAUUUCAUCCACAUUGAAACCCCAUCAUGUAGAACGCGUCUUAAUCAAAACCUUACAUGAUUCCAAGUUAGCUUUAAGAUUCUUCAACUUUCUCGGUUUACACAAAAACAUGAACCAUUCAACAACUUCAUUUGCAAUAUUAGUUCAUGCCCUUGUUGAAAAUAAUCUUUUUUGGCCUGCUAAUUCGCUUUUGCAUACUCUUAUUCUUCGUGGGUCUGACCCAAGAUUUGUUUUUGACAAGUUUUUAGAAUCUCAUAAGCAAUGUAAGUUUUCUUCUACUUUGGGUUUUGAUUUUUUGGUUCAGAGUUACUUGCAAAACACAAGAGUUUUUAAUGCUGGGAUUGUUGUAAAACUUAUGCUUGCUAAUUCCUUGUUGCCUGAGGUUAGAACAUUGAGUACACUGUUGAAUGGUUUGUUGAGAAUUAGAAAAUUUAUAUUGGUUUGGGAAAUUUUUGAUGAGUCUGUCAAUGCUGGUUUUAAACCUGAUCCUUAUACUUGUUCUGCGGUGAUUCGGAGUUUGUGUGAGUUGAAAGAUUUUUUUAGAGCUAAGGAAAAGAUUAUGUGGAUGGAAUCUAAUAGGUUUGAUUUGAAUAUUGUGACUUACAAUGUCUUGAUUCACGGUCUUUGCAAGGGUGGUCGGGUUUCGGAAGCUGUUGAGGUUAGAAAUUCGUUGAGGGAAAAGGGUUUGAAGGAAGAUGUGGUUACAUAUUGUACACUAGUACUUGGAUUUUGUAGGGUGCAACGGUUUGAGGAUGGAAUUUGCCUCAUGAAUGAAAUGAUUGAAUUAGGGUUUGUUCCAACUGAGGCUGCUGUAUCUGGGUUGGUAGAUGGGUUAAGAAAGAAGAGUAAGAUUGAUAGUGCUUAUGAUUUGGUUGUUAAGUUAGGAAGGUUUGGUUUUCUGCCAAGUUUGUUUGUAUAUAAUGCGUUAAUAAACUCGUUGUGCAAAGGUGGAGGUUUGGAUAAAGCAGAAUUGCUUUAUAGUAAUAUGCGUUCGAUGAAUUUUCCGCCGAAUGAUAUUACUUACUCUAUUCUGAUUGAUUCUUUUUGCAAAAAGGGGAGGUUGGAUGUUGCAAAAUCUUAUUUUGAUAGAAUGAUAGAAGACGGUAUAAGAGAAACUGUGUAUCCCUACAACUCUUUGAUAAAUGGCCAAUGCAAGUUUGGGGAUUUGAGUGCUGCUGAGUCUCUGUAUACAGAGAUGAUCAAUAAAGGGUUAGAGCCAACUGCUACUACCUUUACAACAUUGAUCAGUGGACAUUGCAAACAUCUACAAGUAGAAAAAGCAUUUAAGCUAUAUAAUGAGAUGCAUGUGAAAGAAAUAGCUCCAAGUGUUUAUACUUUCACUGCACUUAUUUAUGGGCUUUGCAACACGAAUGAGAUGGCUGAAGCGUCCAAACUUUUCGAUGAAAUGGUAGAAAGAAAAAUCAUGCCAACCGAGGUGACAUAUAAUGUUAUGAUUGAGGGGUAUUGUAGGGCUCAUAACAUUGACAAAGCCUUUGAAUUGCUUGAAGACAUGCUCCAUAAGGGCUUUGUUCCGGACACAUAUACCUACAGACCUCUUAUCAGUGGCCUUUGUUCUACUGGUAGGGUUUCUGAAGCUAAAGAUUUUAUCGAUGACCUCCACAAGAAGAACCUCAAGUUAAAUGAGAUGUGCUACAGUGCACUUCUACAUGGUUAUUGUGGUGAAGGAAGACUGACAGAGGCAUUGAGUGCUUCUUGUGAGAUGAUUCAACGAGGAAUCAACAUGGACCUCGUUUGCCAUGCUGUUCUUAUUGACGGUGCUCUGAAACAGCUUGACAUGAAAGUGUUAUUUGGUCUCUUAAAAAAGAUGUAUGAUCAAGGAUUGAGACCUGACUGUGUAAUAUAUACGAGUAUGAUCGAUGCAUACAGCAAAGGAGGGUCUUUUAAGAAAGCUGUUGAAUGUUGGGAUUUAAUGGUUACUGAGAAAUGCUUUCCUAAUGUUGUCACUUACACUGCUUUCAUGAAUGGUUUAUGCAAAGCAGGUGAAAUCGAUAGAGCGGGUCUCCUUUUUGAGAAAAUGAUGGCUGCAAAUAUCGCUCCUAAUUCAAUUACAUAUGCUUGUUUUCUUGACCGUCUUACGGAGGAGGGAAAUAUGAAGGAAGCUAUAGAGCUUCACCAUGCAAUGCUUAAAGGGCUUUUGGCAAACACUGCAACAUAUAACAUUCUUAUCCGUGGCUUCUGCAAAUUGGGUAGAUUAAUUGAAGCCAUCAAAGUUUUCUCUGAAAUGGCUGAAAAUGGGAUUUUCCCUGACUGUAUAACCUAUUCAACAUUAAUUUAUGAGUAUUGCAGAUGUGGCGAUGUAGGAGAAGCAGUUAAAUUGUGGGAUACCAUGUUAAAAAAAGGUGUUGAACCAGACUUGGUUGCAUAUAACUUGCUAAUAUAUGGUUGUUGUGUUAAUGGAGAGCUCAACAAGGCGUUUGAAUUGCGUGAUGACAUGUUGAGGAGAGGGUUGAAGCCAAGAAAAAUUUUACAAAUGAAGAUGGGGUAAUAUAGGAGCAGCAGUUGAAUUUGGAUGUGCGCGACUUUCUAUUGCGUGGUUGUUGUGUUACUCGGGAGCUCAACAAGGCACUUCAGUUGUCACCAUUGCAUGUUAAGAAGAGCAAUGAAGCCAAUGUAGAAUGCCUUUUGGAUGAACUAUCUGAAAACGAGGUUGAUGCCAAGGUUUCGCAGCCUAGAAAAGUGGACAUGUUUGUAUUUACAAUCCGUCGUACGAUAUGGUGUCAUAUCCAAAUCAGAAAAGCUCAGUAAAAGUGGUGCAUGCGCAUAUUGACUAAUUGCCGUGCUUGGAACUGUGGACUGUGUUGGAUAGAUAGCGAAUGCAUGCACGUCAAAAUCGAAGCUCAAGUCGUAGCUUUGGCAAUGAAGUGCGUUAGAACGAUGUAUCACCGUGGUGGCAAACACGAACUAACUCACUAAUACAUACUCUUGUCCAGUUAAUGAUGAACCAUUUAAUUAGGUACUAGAAUUCCUUUAUGACUUGUGCAUUGACCGCAGAAAAAGUAAAUGAUUCAUUCAUUGAUUUGUUCGUUUUUUUUUUGUCUCCAAUAAUUAGUAGUAUUCCAUGAAUCAAAUGGUUCUUUCAUAGAAUUGAUAACCGUGAGAUGAUUAUCAGUUUUGUUAUUAUGAAAGCCUAGCACUCCAGCCUAACAUGAUAUCUCUUUUGUUAUGAAAUUUACUGUAAUAUGAAAUUUCCAUACCUCAUCACAUAAUAAGGUUUGUGACUUCCUCUUCUAUUUUAUACUGUACCUUUUAAAAGGGAGUAAUACCACAGUAUAACUAAUUUGGAAAACCAAAGUACAAACUGUCUCCAAUAGAUCUAAAUGCAAUCGCCGUUCAAAAAAAUAAAAAUCUAAACGCAAUCAUUUCAGAUUAAAUAGCAAAUUAGAUCCUAGAUCCUCUCAUUCUAUUUUCUUGCAUCUCUCUUGAUUUGUUUUGCAAUCCAAAGAGUACGAAGAGAGAUGUAGAGAUAAUAGUUAGGAGAAAAUCCAAGUCCAUGAUAACAGCCAACGUCACACUCACCCGCCCUUAGAUUUUUUUCACAAUGUGUAUGUCUUCUAAGUUCUAAGGACACGUGUUAGCAUGACUCGUCUUUAAAAAAAAAAAAAAAUCACUCUUCCUCAUUAAUCUCAAAUGCAUGUAAACCCUGAAAAAUAAUGGAAACAAAUUCAAGAAAACAAACUAAAAAAU